AUGCCUCACGCAGUCAAUGUUUGCUGCCCGCGAGUGACCACCAGGUUCCUGGUGACUCACGCAGCGAAGAACCCAUCCAUCAGCAACAACUACGACUACAUCGGCAAGACACCGCUCCUGAACACCUUGACGGAGCCCCUUGCACCGAAAAUUCGCUCCUAUAUCGAGAAAUGCGCGGCCCUCUGCCGUCCCAGGGACAUCUACAUCUGCGAUGGCAGCGAGACUGAGUACGAUCACUUGUUGAAUCUGCUGGAGAAAAGCGGUACCAUCACGCCGUUGCCAAAAUAUGAAAAUUGCUGGCUGGCGAGAACGAAUCCAGCGGACGUGGCCAGAGUGGAGAAACGCACGUUUAUCAGCACCGAAUCGAGACGUGAAACGAUUCCCAUCCCUCGCGAUGGCGUCACUGGUGAACUGGGCAAUUGGAUCUCCCCUACCGAAAUGGACCACGCGAUCCUGGAACGGUUUCCAGGAUGCAUGAAAGGUCGAACGAUGUACGUUAUCCCAUUCAGCAUGGGUCCAGUGGGAUCUCCUCUGUCAAAAAUCGGCAUAGAGAUCACCGACUCCCCGUACGUCGUCUGUUCGAUGAGGAUAAUGACCAGAAUGGGCAGGGAGGUACUCGAAGCACUGGGAAACGACGAUUUCGUCAGGUGCUUACACUCCGUCGGUGUCCCGAAAUUGGACGCAAAGGUGGCCGUCGUUCCGUCGUGGCCGUGCGAUCCCGAAAGGACCAUAAUUCUUCACAAACCGGCCACAAACGAGAUCGUUUCGUACGGUAGCGGUUACGGGGGCAACUCGUUGCUCGGGAAGAAAUGCUUCGCUCUGAGGAUCGGCUCGACGAUCGCCAAGAGAGAGGGUUGGCUCGCCGAGCACAUGCUCAUACUGGGUGUCACGAAUCCGAAAGGUAAAAAACGUUAUAUCGCGGCCGCGUUCCCGAGCGCGUGCGGCAAAACGAAUCUGGCGAUGAUGCAGCCGAGCCUGCCCGGUUACAAGAUCGAGUGCGUGGGCGACGACAUCGCCUGGAUGAGAUUCGAUCGUGACGGGAAGCUGCGCGCCAUCAAUCCGGAGAACGGUUUCUUCGGGGUCGCACCGGGCACCAGCCGCGGGACGAAUCCGAACGCAAUGAGGACCAUCUUCAAGAACACGAUCUUCACCAACGUGGCCGCGACCAGCGACGGCGGAGUAUUCUGGGAGGGGCUCGAGAAGGAGAUCAGCGAAAACGUCGAGAUCACCGACUGGCGAGGCAACAAGUGGUCCAAAGAAUCCAAGACACCCGCCGCUCAUCCGAAUUCCCGAUUCUGCAGCCCUGCAAGACAGUGUCCCAUCAUCGAUCCCGCCUGGGAGGAUCCCGACGGUGUCCCCAUAGACGCUAUACUCUUCGGAGGACGAAGGCCCGAUGGUGUUCCUCUGAUCUAUCAGGCACGAAACUGGCAACACGGCGUCUUCAUUGGAGCUUCGAUGAGGUCCGAGGCGACCGCCGCUGCUGAACACAAGGGAAAAGUGAUCAUGCACGACCCUUUCGCGAUGAGACCGUUCUUCGGCUACAAUUUCGGCCGCUAUCUCGAUCACUGGCUGAGCAUGGCCGACGUGCGGAACGCCAAGCUGCCGGCGGUGUUCCACGUGAAUUGGUUCAGAAAGGGAGCAGACGGGAAGUUCCUCUGGCCAGGAUUCGGCGAGAAUUCCCGUGUCCUGGACUGGAUCCUUCGCAGGAUCGACGGGGAGGACAUCGCCGUGGAAUCUCCCGUCGGUCUUCUGCCGAGAUUCGAUUCGUUUAACUUGGACAGCAUGGAGGACCACGUGAGCAUGGAUGAGUUGUUCAGAUUGCCAGGAGACUUCUGGCGGAAAGAAGUCGAAGACCUUAGAACGUAUUUUGACGCCCAGGUCGGGGACGAUUUGCCGCUGGUUAUUUGUUCUGAGCUCGAUCAUCUUGCCAGUAAGGUUACCAUGUUGGAAUAACGCCUCCUUAAUCCUUAUUGUUUCUUCAAAUCGAAUAGAAAGGGACGUCUUAUG